AUGAUGGACCCUUUCAGCGUCACGGCAGGUGUCGUGGGCAUCGUUGCGCCCGCGUUGCAGGUUUCCCGGGCUCUCCUCAACGACUUGAAGUCAAUCAAAGAUGCGCCGGAUAACAUCAAAACCCUGACUGGCAACAUUGACUCCCUGACCAUGGCACUUACCUCUGUCAAGAGUAUCGAUGACAAUGAAUGGAAGUCUCUUGGCCCAUCACUCGUGGACAACGCGAGAGCGACGAUUACUACUAGCACCGCCACUUGCGAGAGAUUCAACGCAGACGUUCAAAAGUGGACUAAGCGCUCUAAAGACGGUAGUCUGUCUUUGUUGGAUCGAUCCAUGAUUGGAUUCUUUAAACAGCAUCACCUUAUCUCGAUGAGUGGGGAAAUUCAGACCUGCCAGACCAAGAUCACCUCUGUGGUGAGCAUCGCAACACUCCUGAAGUCUAUUAAACAAGGUCAAAUCACCGAUGAGAUUAGACAAAACAUUGUCGCCAAGUCAGGAGAUUUGGUAAAGGCUUCGGAAGAAGCAGCGAGUGAAACCUCUGAAAUAGAGAGCAAGCUGAAGCAUUUCCGCAUCACCAGUGUUCCUGGUGAUGUUGAAUAUGAAGACGCUAUCAACCAGUUGAAGGAGCAGCAGAAGGCACUAGGAACUUCCCAGAAACUGCUUGAGGACUUAUUGUCAAAUCUUAAAGAGUCUGCAGGAACAGGGACCAGCGCUGGGAACUAUUCAAUUGGAAGUGUCACAUUCGGAAACAAUAAUAGCGGUUUGCAGCUUGGACUCAAUACCGCUCCACUCAACUUCAAUGCGAAAUGA